CCGGCCGCCUUCGAGUGGAGUUGGCCUUGUCUGGGGAGAGUGGUGUCGCUGACGGAGUGUGGGACUGCUCGAGGACCAUCUGACUUGCGGGUGGCGGCAGAGGGCCGGCGGCAUGUCGGCCGAGCAGGGCAUCACGCGCGCCUGGCUGCAGACCGUGUUGGACGCCUACCUGCGGCGCGAGCGCGGCGCCGGUGCCGACGCCGACGGCAAGCCGCCCACCAUCGACGACUACGACAUCAGCGCGCUGGACGCCCACGACAGCAUGCUCAGCGACCUCCUGGCCAUCCGGGUGCGCUUCAGCGGCGGCGGCGGCGGCGCCAGCCGCGAGGCGCGCCUGGUGGCCAAGCUGUUGCCGCAGGACCCGGUCAGCCGGCUGACUGUGCAGGAGUCGGGCUUCGACAGGCGCGAGAUCGGCGUGUACCGCCGCCUGCUGCCGGACGCGCGCGCCUUCCAGCGCCGCUGCCUGGGCGCGCCGCUGCCGCCGGCCGCGCCGCUCUGCUACCACGCCGAGCACAAGCCCGACUGCGAGAGCAUACUGGUGCUGGAGGACCUGCGCGCCGCCGGCUUCCGCGUGGCCGACUUCUCAGAGUGCCUGACGGAGGAGCGGGCGCGCGCGGCGCUCACGCAGGCGGCCCGCCUGCACGCCACCACCUUCGCCAUGCGCGUGCGCGACGGCGUCGACCUGCUGGCCAAGUAUGAGUUCCUGCUGCGGCCGCAGCAGGCAGCGGCGCUGUACGACCACUUCCUGGGGCGCGGCCUGCCGCACCUCGUCGACUUCCUGAAGGGGCUGCAGCGGCCCGAGCUGGCCGGCCUGGUGGCGCGCCUCAAGACGUACGUCACCGACAACACGGCGCUCUUCCACGGCCUGGUGACCGCCAAGAGCCACCUGUCGGCCGUCACGCACAGCGACUUCUGGUGCAACAACCUGCUGUUCGCGGAGCCGGCCGGCAGCGCGGCGGCGGCGGACGAGGACGCGGGCGCGCGCUGCCGCCUCAUCGACUGGCAGCUGGCGCAGGUGAGCACGCCCACCAACGACGUGGCGCUGCUGCUGCUGUCGUCGCUGUCGGCCGAGGUGCGGCGCGCGCGCACGGCCGCCCUGCUGCGCCACUACUGGGCCGAGCUGACGGCCACGGCCGGCCGCUUCGGCGUCAGCCUCGAGACGGAGUACGAGUACUCGCUGGAGCGGCUGGAGCAGGACUUCCGUCGCAGUCGGAAGCUGGCCGUGCUGCUGUGCGCCGGCUCGGUGGACGUGACGCAGGGCUGCCGGCGCCGCGAGGAGCGCCUCAUCGCGCUGCUCACCGACAUGCACGCCGAGGGCGUGUUCUAGCCGCCCUCCCUGUCCGUGGAGUCCGGCGGCCGGUCGGCCGGCCCGCCCGUCGCCCAGCGCGGCGUCCCUCCGCGCUGGGCGCAGACCGGUUGACCCGGGCCGGCCGCGGGGCGGUCGCGGCGGAGCAGAAGGCGUCGACGGUGAGCGCCGGUCUGCCGAUCGCAGCCUGUCUGACGAUGCCCGGUGAUGCUCGGCCCGCGGCCUGGCGGGCCUGGCGGGCAGCACCCGAGUCGACGGACUGUCCGACGGACCGAGCCGAGACGCUGGUGCGCGGGGCGUCAGGGACGGCCGGCUGCCCCGACCGGUGCGGUGGACCGGUGGAUCGGUGACCUCGGCGCAGCCGUCCAACCAUCAGCAGAAUCCAAACACACCAUCACGUCGUCUGUAAACGCGCAUGUCUUGCUAUAUACAUAGGUCAACAAGC